AUGUCACAGCUUGCAGCGAUGAAGAAAAGGCUCUCGGGCAAGGCCAGUCUCUCUGGAUGGAUCUUGCCCAAGAUGGAGUCUAGCUGGGCACCUCCCGGUGUCAGAACAAACAUUGACAUGGAUCCCACUCCUCUGUCGCGCCGCACGUGGACCUACUGGACAAACCUUGGUUACUGGAUCAGCGAUGUGAUCAGUAUCCAGAGUUGGACUACAGGAAGUACUAUCCUGGCCGUAGGAUUGACAUGGAAGGAGGCAGUCUUUUCCAUCAUCGUCGGAUCGACCAUCAUGGCCAUACCUAUGACGUUGAACGGCUAUACUGGAGCCAAGUGUCAUGUACCGUUCCCCGUACUUGCGCGCGCAUCCUUCGGCUACCAGUUCGCGAAGUUCCCAGUGAUACUGAGACUCAUCACUGCCAUGUUCUGGCAUGGAAUCACAAACUACCUCGCCGUCGGUCCAAUGACACAGGUGAUCAGAGCCAUCUGGCCCUCAUUUCGCACGAUGAUCAAUCACCUGCCGGCAUCUGCUGGCGUGACAAGUCAGGCUUUGAUCGCUUAUUCUGUCCUCUGGAUGAUUCAAUUCCCACUUUUGCUUAUACCUGUUCACAAGAUGAAGUGGUUGUUCAUGACCAAGACCAUCAUGAUGACCAUGACGGUGGUAGGCAUGCUGAUCUGGAUCUGUGUCAAAGUCAAAGGUAGUGGAGACGUCUGGAAUCAACGUGCGGAAGUCUCGGGCUCACAAAAGGCGUGGCUGACGAUGUGGGCGCUCAACAGCUGUACCGCGAGUUGGUCCACAGUGGGCGUCAACAUCCCGGACUUUACCAGAUACAUGAAUAAACCGCGAGAUAUUCUCUAUCAGGGUCUCUGGUUCCCUCUAGUAUGCAGCUGGAUAGCCAUCAUUGGCAUUGUCGUAACAUCAGCAUCCAAGACAAUCUACGGAGAAUAUUUGUGGAGCCCCGUCUCAAUCAUUGAUAUGUGGGAUGGCCCUGGAGGACGAGCUGCAGCAUUUUUCUGUGGCGUCAGCUGGUUGUUGGCACAGAUGUGCGUCAACAUCUCGGCCACUGUGGUCAGCGGUGCCAACGACAUGGUGAACUUGUGGCCCAAGUGGAUCAACAUCAAGAGGGGCACAAUCUUUAUCACUGUCGUCGGCAGUUGGGCUAUAGUGCCGUGGAAGAUUCUAACUUCGGCGAGCUCAUUGUUGAACUCCAUGAGCUCCUUAGGCAUCUUUCUGGCGCCAUGCAUGGGCAUCUUGUGCUCGGAUUUCUUCCUCGUCAAGCGUCAGAUGCUCGACGUUCCUGCGCUUUAUGAUCCCCAGGGCCGGUAUGCUCACAGCUACGGUACUAAUUCGCGAGCCAUCGUGGCACUCGUAGCUGCCCUUGGACCAACGCUUCCGGGUCUGAUCCAUGCAGUCAAUCCCAAGAUCGACAUUGGCGGUGCUGAAUAUGUCGCUGACUUCAAGUGGUACUAUGGCAUAGUCAUAUCAUCCGUGGUAUAUUCGGCAUUGAGUUUGAUGCUGCCUGUAGAGGAGACUCUUAUUCCAUACAUGGUGACAGGGGUCAUUGAAGGCAUUGACGCGGGAGAGAUCGCUAGCCUCGAGAAGUCUGCAAAAGAGAAGGAACUUGCUGUUAUCACCGCACGCAGUCAAGAUUGA